AUAAACUCAUUCAUUGCUUUCCAAAACCUAUUUCGAUUUUCUAAGAGAGAAAACGUCAGGCACCAUACAACAUGGGCUUGAAAUACGCGAUCAAAAGCUAGUUAUAGCUGAAAUAUUGCUCUAAUUGUAGUGUUAUUGUUAUUAUAGUUUCAUUUUAUAUGUACAUUGUGUAACUCAUAGAUUAGUCAAAAAUGGAUACGUUUAUCUUAGGAAACCUCGGUUAUGGCGUUUGUUGAUCAUUAAAAAUUUUGUUCGGUUUAUAAUUUUCUUUCUAUUUGAUGUCCGCUUUUCGUUAGUGCUCGUCUAUUUAGUUCGUGUUUACGUGUAUACUCGAAAUGGUGAAGGAGAAGCCUAAUUCAAUACGGAUAUACGACGAUGAGGGGUUUAGGCGGCGUGCUGCUUGUAUAUGCGUACGAUCCGACGCCGAAACGGAGGUGUUGCUCGUGACAUCUUCGCGGCGACCUGACAACUGGAUUGUGCCCGGCGGCGGCGUCGAGCCUGAGGAGGAGCCGUCAGUAACCGCGAUGCGCGAAGUGCUGGAGGAGGCCGGCGUUAUCGGCAAGCUUGGACGAUGUCUUGGUGUUUUCGAGAACCGAGAGCACAAGCACCGGACAGAAGUGUACGUGAUGACCGUGACGCAAGAGCUGGCGGAGUGGGAGGACUCGCGGCUCAUGGGCCGCAAGCGACAGUGGUUCUCCAUCGACGACGCGCUGGCCCAGCUCGCGCUGCACAAGCCCAUCCAGCGGCACUACCUCCAACAACUCAAGAGGUCCAAACAAACCAAGGCAGACGAUAGCUAAAGGGAACGUCUGGAUGGAACUCUGGGGGUCUUUACGCGCCAGUUUGGCCAUUAUACGGCCUGUUGGCUGAUGUUGACACACGCGGCAGUUUUGCUUUCGUCGAUACAAAUUCCGCUUUGAGGGUAGUUGACUAAAUCUGUAACUUAUUUUUCAGUGUAACGGAAACACAUCGAUCGAAAUAAAAAAGCCUUCUACCCUCAUACAGCUUAAACGAUUAACAAAAAGAACGGCAAUUGCGAGGUUUAUUUUAGAAAUGACAAAGUUCUGUAAAAUAUAGCGAAUUAUUAUUUCACAAGACCCCCUCCGUACGGUUCCGUUUGACCAUCAUCAGCACUGCCGCCACAUCUGCAGUGCCGUGGACGACGCCCUGGACUUAUCGAUUUAAAAAAUAGAAGUUAGUCAACGGUUAUUUAAUUAUUUUAAGUGAGAUUAUUUCUUAUGAGAAUAUCUGGUUCAUGAUUGAAUUCACAGCUUGUCAAUGGGUGUGUGGCAGAAAUCCAUAGUGUGUUUAAUUUUUAAUUGAGAUUUGCUUUAUGUCACGCAAAAUUAAUGUUUUGUUUUAGAUACGAUUGAGUGUUUUCAUACAUACUUGAAUUUUACAUGAAUUGAUUUAUUGUUAUUCCGAGGUUCCGCGAAAUAAGCGUAUAAAUUAAAAUACGAGAAGUUGACUACCAAAUACCAAAUAUUGACGUAUGCGUUCUUCGUUAUAAAACUAUAUUUCUUUUUAUGCAGUCAUUUUGUUUUUUGUUUUAAAAUUAUCUGCUAGUCGAAUUGGUCGUAGGAACGAAUGUUGGUUGUGUGUGCUAUUUAAUGAUAAUUGUAAUUACCCAUUGGUUACUUAACAAUUUUUAAAAUUAAUACUACCAAAACUAAGCCACAUUUUGAAUUGUGUUCAUAGUGCAGCAGAACCACAAAAUAAGUAUUAGGUCUUUUUGGAAAUGGUAUUGAAAACAAGAGUCCUAUAAACAUUAGACAAAGUAAUUAUUGACAAAAAUACUAUGUCAGAUAUUACUAGGGCUCAUUAUAAUGAAAAAAAAAGAUUGACUCAAGUGACACUUAUUUGUGGUACUUCUGUGCAACGAGUGCCUGAAAAAAUUAUGCGAUAAAAAGUUUUUCACCACUAAAAUUAUAAAAAAUAACACUAUUUCAUAGCGUGAAUUGGCGCCAGAUAACUAGAAUUUGGGCGAUGGCUGAUUCUGAGCGACUGUGAUGACUGGUGAGGGCAACUUGUAACAUUGGUUACCAUAGCAACGCGAUAUUGAUUCCCGCCAAAAUAAUGCCGUCGACGCCAUCUUGCUUUUAAAUUUUAGCUAUUUGGCUGCAACUAUACUGAGCUCAACUUAUAUCUAAAGUAAUUACUACAUAUUUUUUAAUUAUGUAACGCUAGUGACAUGCUCGAUUGACUUUCAAAAUAAUUAUCAGACUAUAAUAAAAUAUAUCUUCACUUAAUGAAUAAAACAAUAAGCUUUUUAAUGAAAUACCUUAAGUCAUAUGGAGUCUGUCCCAGUCAUGGGCAUUUUAUUGUAAGCGCUAGGUCUUAAUUUAUAUCGUAAUGUAACGCUAUUUGUACCUAUCUGGAUAUAGAAAUUAUUUUUGUAAAAUAUUCUGAGGUUUUAAUAAAAUUGUGAUGAAUGUGUUUUGAAUUAUUAUUCGAAAUAAAAUAUGAUAAUCAACCUUUCUCUACGUCAUUCAAUAGUAAUCGUUAAUUUUAAUGAAUUGAUAAUAAUUAAUGACACAUUCUUAGAUCAUUGAACUAAUUUUUUUUUUUUAUUUCUUGGGUAUAGUCUAAGGCGGUACUGCAUGUUGUCUAUGGUAUGACAGUUGGUAUUAUGCGAGCGAGUCGAAACACGUAAUUGUAACAUCUCUUUUUUUCUACUUUACGUAUAUUUUUAUACAGCAAUGAAAUAAAUGUUAAUUUUAUUUUGUUAGCAUUAAAACGAAAAGACAUACAAUCUCUAUUUUUUAUUUAAAUUAAAUUAAUUCGUUUAAGAUUCCCGAUGAGUUUAAUAAUAAAUUUUAUAUUGCUCUUCU